AUGUCGGGAACCGUCGCCACGCGGUCGAGUGUUACGAGCAAGGCUUGCUUGCCAGCCAGCCCUCGCCAUGCGCUGACCCUGCUAGCUGUCCUGCCCGAAGCUGAGGUUUACAAGCAGGACUCAGCUAGUCCCAGGCGAGCCUGGCGGAACGGAAGAGACAGGCAAGCAGCAGAUGCACAGCCAGAUGCACGAAGGCGAGACCGGUGCUAG